AUGCCUUUUUGCCCUGUGACAAGAUGCUCGCUAAGCGGCGGCGCAUAUAGUAACUCAGAUGUCUGUAACAAUCUCGUGGACUUUACGUUCUACGAUGACUUCUGUGACGUUUACAAGAACAACAAGCUCGCUACGUGCAAGCGGACGCCGAUUCAUGAUGAUAAAACAGUCGAUGAGUCCAAGUGCGACGUAUGCAAGGCAAAGGAUACACCUGCUCAAUAG